GCCAAAAAUGGCGGGAACCGAUCCAAAGAGGCAACUGCUAAACCUGAUUCGCGACGUCGCCUCUGAAAAGUCUCAGGGAGAGAUAAGAGUGGUUGGUUUGAAGAGUCGAAUAGAAGAGCUAAGAUUGGAGUUAGAGGCGGCAAAUGCGGAGCGAGAGGAGGCAAAGCGAUUCAAAGAAACAAUUGAGCAAGAGCUUAAAGGAUACGAAGUUGAAUUGGCGUUAAACGACAAUUCGUUUCAUGCCUUAGAGUCAAGGAUUUCUUCAAUACAAGAUGAUAUUUCAGCCGUUGGAUCUGAUGUGGAGAAUCUUAAGAAAGAAGAAGCAGAUUUACGAGACGGGUUCAUUAGCCAAAUGUUAGAGUUCAACAAUAAGAUAAGGGAAUUCCAUAUGACAGUAGCUUGCAAUUUUCGGAAAGAUAAUUGUCUUGGAACUGCAGCCGAAGUAGACCACAAUUUCAGCAAGAAGGAGGACACUGAAGUUGCUUUAGAAACUCUUGAGAAUAAGCUGGCUGAUAUAGUUUCUCAAACAGCUAAAGCGGAGGAAGCACACCAAAAAGAGGGGAAUAUUAACAAGCAGGUCCAGCUGGAGCUGGCUGAUUUUGAAAGGAAGGUGUCUUUGAUGGAGGCGAUAGUGACCGAAACAAAAGCAUUGCAGGAAUUAACAAGGCAGACUUCUGAAAUGGAGAAGACAAUUGCUUCUCUCACUGAGGAGCUGCAAGAAAGGUGUAUAUGCCCCAGUUGCCACAGAGAGAAUGUGGAGGCCCUUGGUGGUAUACUUCAUGCAAAUCAGGAAAAUUGA